AUGCAACAAGGGUCGCAAACGACUCCAAGAGUAAAGAGUGUGAGCAAGACUGGGUUACAGGGAGUCAAAGCCUGGGAAGUCAGGUGUUUUCAAUGGAGGAAAGCCAAACGAUUGCCACACUGGGAAGGGGAAGAUUCAAAGAACAACGGACUUUCGAAACGGAGGGAGCAGCAAGGCCAUAUUACGGAGGGCGAACGCCGCAGAGAGAUUCCAUUCAAAACGGGCCAGCGCCAAAGGAAGGACCUGUUUUUGAGGAAGCUCCGAGAAAGUGAAGAAGUUGAAAAGGGAAAGGGAAACAAUCGAAAGGCCCAACCUACAAAAGCGAUAGGCUUAAGAAGGCGGGCGUUUUUAAAUCAAGAGUUCUCCCUUACCAACAGUACACCAACCCCACAAGACCUCGUCAUCGACCCCAACGACGUCUACCAAGUCCCAGAGGAGAGAAACCGUUACCAAAGCCAGACCCUUCAGCGUAGACGUCACCAACAUUCCAAUGGUCCGACUGCACCGCCACCUCCUCCAGCUGCAGCGCUCGAGCCAACGGCACACUUUUCGACUUCGAGGUCGACAAGGACAGCAGGAAAGGCGGCAUGGACGGGAUCGAAGGGCCUCGUGGUGGGACUGCACGACGAGGUGAGGGAUGAGAAUGGGGAUGGAUUCUGGGACGCAAAGGACGCUCGCCUAAGCUCUGGAUGGCGUGGGGAGGCCGGGAGUGAGGAGUGGGAGUGUCUGAAGUUGAAGGUGGGGGGAAGAGGGUGGGUAGGUUCAGGGUGGAUCGGUCGUCAGGAGUAG